CGCUGUGAAUGUUUAUCGCGCGCGCGUUACGUUAAACAUUCAGCAAAAAUAAACACUUCAACCAACAAAGCACCAAACACCGUUAGAGUAUCAAGAGAAACAGGUUACAGGAACGGAACAAAAUCUGCGUAGAAAACAACUCGGAACAAAAUGACCGUCACACAGAUGAACCGCAAGGUUCGAACUGUGAACAAGGAUAUCAGCAACAUCCGUACGCGUCAGAUCCAGACACAACUCAAAUUGUCUGAAUAUCAAGAGGCGUACGUAGCCUGGCCAUGGCAGCCACGUCGAGAGAGCAUGCGCCCCGUUGCUAAGAAGACCGUCCCCGCCAGCCGGCCAAAGCUCAAAACUACCAACCAAUGCGCCUACGUAGCUCACAAGACAACUCAGCGACCGAAGGCGACAUGCAACAAGAAGGGCUACCGUACCCCGACCACCAAAAUGCUGACGGAGACCACGUACGACACGGACUUUACCAAGAAAACCGCCAGCCGGCCGGCCGCGUUCAAGCCCGAAGAGACGGCGGUAUCGGCCCCGGGACCGUUUGCUAGCAAGACGGUGUACGAGAAGACAUACACGGCCUGGACACCUAAGCAGCUGGAAGAGUGCAAAGUGAAGCUGCAAGUCACCGAGGACAAUCUCAAGACCGGAAACCCGGGGAAGAAAUUCCAGGCCACCACAACUGUCAAGGAGGAUUACAAAGACCACGGCAACGUCGCACCUGCAAAGUCCACCAAGCCCGCUGCGAAACCGGUCCAGAGCACGGCGCCCUUCACCGACGAGACCACGCAGCGGGCAGAUUUCACGCCCAAGACGCCUGCCAGCGUGGAGGGGUUCAAGCCAGCGGUGGAGUACAAGUUCAACAGCGGGCCGUUCGACGAUCUGACCAUCUUUCGCCGUGACUUUCCGGAGCACAAAGGCGUGAAGAAAGAGCAGAGUUACAAACCGAAGAACGAUUACACGCCCAGUGCUUCAGAGUUUGACGAUCGCACCACCCAACGAUUGGCCUACCGAGCCUGGCCGAUCCCUAAACGAGAACACCUGCCGUGGGCUGAUCGUCCAGGCUACAUGCCGAACCGCGCCAAACUGCAGUUAGUGACGACAUACCAGAAUGAUUUUGAGGACCCAAGCUACCUGAUCCCCAAGGCUCUGCAGAAGUGCCGUGCCACGCCCUACAAGUACGAGAACAACCUGGGCGCGGGCGAGUCAGGCCCGUUUGAUGACCGGACCGAAUACCGAUCCACCUUCAUCGCUUGGGAAGGGGUCAAACGACCAGCAUCCUACAAGAUUAUUGAGAAGUUCCAAUACCCCAAGACACCGUUCAGCGGCGAAUCUACCUUUAGCAGCCACUUCAAAGGAGUUCGAGGCUUGCCGGCCAAGUCUUGCCGUCCGGCCCGCCGUCCUCACUCCUCGGCGGCCGGUAUGAUCAGCUUCGACACCACGUACCGUGCCACCUUUGACAGCGGUCCGUCUACCCGUGACAGACCCAAGAGCUGCCCAGGACCACGCGGUGCUGACAGCGACGGAGGGGAAUAUGAUGAGGGGGAGAUGGUGGAUGGACCUAGUGGGGAGGGGGAAAUGGAGGUCAAGGACGGCGGUACUGAGGGAAACAACGCGGUCGAGGAAUAAUCUCUCGGGACCAGGACUCCGACAGCAGGGAUUGUUUUGAUAUCACAAUUUUAUGCGAGAAAUAGAAUUCAAACAGUAAUCAUUUGAACUAAUCAUUUGAAUCAAAGAUGGAUAUUCUUGGACUUUCAAAUCCUUACAAAAAAAAAUUCAAGGACGGAGCAGAAUAA